CUUUUGGUUGCCUUCUGAUGGUUAAACAAUGACCAUUACCUCUACAAAACUAGUUGAUUAGUAAGGAUAAUCUCCCAUGAAGCUAGUAGAGAUUCAUGGAAACGGAUUCAGAGCUGCCGAGUGAAAUUAUUGGCUUUCAGAUACUUUCGAGGAUAUCCGCGAAGUCUCUGAUGCGCUUCAAAUCCGUAUGCAAGUCUUGGUCUUCUCUCAUCCGCAGCCCUUCCUUUGUCAAUGCCCAUCGAAAAUUCUACCGCAACAAGCACAGUCACCUCCUCCUCACCACCUGGGACGAAUCUGCGAGGCAGCAACACUUCUUUUCUGUACAAAUCAACCAAGAAGGAAGUCCAACUCUUGUCACCCACCUUCUAAAACUUCCAACACCGCCAGGUAAGAAUGUUGAACGUCUCUACGAAGCACUGAGUAUCAACGGCUUAGUCUGUCUUUACCUUUCUGACACCUUGUUUCCCAAUCAAACCGAUCACAACCAUCCUGUUCGAAUAUUCAAUCCGUGCACCCGAGAGUGUAUAGUUCUUCCUCAUGAUUUACCUGCGUACCGCACCAUCCGUGUUACGCACCACUUUGGGUUCAGUUCUCAGACGAACGAGUAUAAGGUCCUUCAAGUGAAAAGGUUUCAGCCUCUAAAUUCGACAAGGGACAUGAGUUUCAUGGUCAAGAUUUUCAAACUAGGUACAAGUUCAUGGAGACGGAUAGAGGCAGACAUUCACGAUCUCCCAUUUGAUCCGCUGAAGUGCCAGUUUGAAAGGAGAAGUGUGUGCGUCUAUGGAGCCAUACAUUGGAUGCAUGACUCAACACAAAAUAUCAUCGCGGUUUUCGACCUUAAAGAUGAGAGAUUCAGAGCCAUCCCACUCCCUGAAGACUACGAUUACAGAAUUCAUGGUAUUAACGAUAAGCUUGGGAACAUAUUUGAAAUGGAAGGGUGUUUGGCUCUAAUAGGUGACAAACAGUUGAGGCAGAUGAAUACAAUGGAAUUGUGGAUUUUGAAGGACUACCAAAACCAGGUGUGGGUUAAGGAAACUAUCACCUUUCCGUUUAGUUGGAGAGAGUUAGUGUACCCUGUUCCUUUCUAUACAAUUCACACCGGUGAGCUCCUCCUCCUCCAAUCUUCAAGAUUACUCCGGCAAGAUUCGUCAGAAGCAAGGGUGCUUUUUUACAAUUUGAAGAGUAGAAGUUUUAGAAGUGAAAGUGUUUUUCCAGAAUCGAUACUUCCUAAUGAUAUUCGGUUGAAGUUACUUGCUCAUUAUGAUGACAGUAUUGUCCCUUUAAGGUGAGAUGACUUAUUUCAUCCUCAAGCUUCAAUUCAAUAUUUUUCUUUUGAGUUGCAACUUUGUACAUCUGUUAAAAAGAAUGCAUUUGAAGAAAGAUAACCUAACCUAAUUAAGGUUCAGUGUUUUAACAUUU